AUGGCGCCUCCGCCAGCAACUACAUCGCGAGUCCUCUUUGUCCUCCUCCUGGUGGCCCUCACCGCCGGUGGGGUCAGUGCGGCCAACUUCUACAUCACCAACCUGUGCCGCUUCCCGGUGUGGCCGGGCGUCAUCCCGGCCGGGGUCUCCGUCGAGGUCAAACCCGGGCAGACGUGGCACAUCCCGGUUCCCGCCGGCACUGCCGGCGGCAGGAUCUGGGCGCGCACCGACUGCUACUUCGUCGGCAGCCACGGGGGGUGCGAGACCGGCGACUGCGGGGGCGCCCUGAGCUGCAUGCUCUCAGGGAAGCCCCCAACGACGUUGGCCGAGUUCACCAUCGGCUUCGACACCGGCGCCUUGGACUACUACGACAUCUCGGUGGUCGACGGGUUCAACGUGCCCAUGGACUUCUCCUGCAGCACCGGCGGAGACCUCAUCCGGUGCAGGGAACCCGGCUGCCCCGACGCCAGCCACCCCGGCGAGGCGAAGGUCCGCACGUGCAGGGGUGACAGCGACUACCAGGUCGUCUUCUGCUCAUGAGUUGUCGACUGAUUUGCAUACAAUGUCGGUCCAUGAAUGUCCGAGCUAUCUCUAGCUAGC